AUGAUUUUGUUACUCAUCCACCUGAUUCAUUAUACCGAAGCCAAGAGGCGAAUACGAUGGGAUUGCUUUGAUUGCCAGAUGGGACCGCAGUAUGCUGAUCAGAUGAAAUGCCAGGUUGGCGGCAUUAGACGCUCCCUCUUAAAUGUGGAACUUAACUUGCUGGCGGAACUGGACAAAAUUAAGACUUAUAUCAAAAUUUCGAAUAGAUUUAAGUCAACCUCUCCGUAUCGAAAGUUCUUUGACAUCACUUUUGAUGGAUGUAAAGUGAUAUCCGAUAUGGUUCAAGGUACCAUGGUAUCGAACAUGUUUAAUGCUGUCGUCAAAUCGAGCAAUCAACCCCGCAAGUGUCCCGUAAAAGAGGGCACAAUUUACUAUCAUAACAUAAGUAUUGAAGAUGCCUUACCCAUGUUUGUGCCCACUGCCCAGCUAUUCAUCCAAGUAGACUUCUACUCUCGUCGGCAAUUGUACUUAAACGUAAGCCUGAGAGGAGAAAUAACUGAAAAAUAA